GGUCAUCCAUUGCCGUUGGUUCUGUUGGUUUCUCCAACCGUCUUGUUUGUGAUAUUCAGUUUGUAAUAUUUAAUAAUAAUAUUAUUAUUUUAUUUAACUUAUUUUUUACUAAAAAUAUAACACUAGUUUAUUAAAAUGCCCAAGAGAAAGAAUCAAGCACUAAUCGAUUCUGACAGCAGUGGAAGUGCAUCAGACAGUGGAUCCGACUUGGAUAAUGAUUUAUUAUCAUUGGCGAAAAAGAAAAAGGAAAAAACACAAAAUGAUGUGCAAGCAGACUCGGGUACUUCUGAUUCUGAUGAUGAAUGGAGCGCUAAGUCUAAUAAAGCUAAGAAAAAAGUAUCGGUUAAAAGAAGUAAACGUAAAAUUCAGAAGCCAAAUUCUGAAGAAAGUGGCAGUGGUGAUGAUUCUGAAAAAGCCUCGGAACCUGAAGAAGGUGAAGUAUCAGACUCAGAUGUCAGUGUAUCAGACUCGAGUCAGGAAGAGUUCAAUGACGGGUAUGAUGACAAAUUGAUGGGUGACGCAGAAGAUCAAGCGAGAUUAGCUCAGAUGACUGAGAAAGAACGUGAACAGGAGAUUUUCAAACGUAUUGAGCAGCGGGAAAUAAUGAAGACGCGUUUCGAAAUUGAGAAAAAGUUGAGAAUGGCCAAGAAACAGGAUCUGAAGAAGCAGAAGGAGAAUAAAAAGAAGGAGAAGAGUACCACUGAAGAAAAGAAAGUUGAACGGGCUCCUGAUCUUAAGGAACGUAGCAAAGAUCGUAAAAAAACAAUUGAAGAGAAGCAAGACAAAAAGUUCCACGCCAUGACACUACUUAAAGCUCGUCGGGAGGAAAAGAAAGAACGUGAGGAAAAAGAGAAGUUGAGGAUCGAGCAGCAGCAGCAACAGUCGAAGGAUGAUGAGGAGGAGCUUGAUGACGACCACAAGGCCAAUAAGACAAAAUUGAAAGCUUCAGAUGUUUAUUCUGAUGACAGUGGGUCGUCCGACAGCGCUGAAGAAGAGGAACCAGCGAAGCCAGCUCCUCGUCGGUCGUCUUCGAGUGAAAGCCGAGACUCUGACUCGGAUAAUGACAAAAAAUCAGUGACUAGUACUAAGGCAAAACCCAAGAAACCAAUUUACGUAAGCAAUAGAGAAGAUUUGAACAAAGUACGAUUGUCUCGUCACAAAAUGGAACGUUUUGUUCACCUUCCGUUCUUCGAUCGCGUUGUUCGCGGUUGUUUUGUGAGGAUUGGUAUCGGCAACAACAAUGGGAAACCUGUUUACCGAGUCGCUGAGGUCAGUGGAGUCUGCGAAACCGGUAAAAUUUAUCAGCUUGGCGGUACGAGAACAAACAAAGGUCUCAAAUUGAGACACGGGGCCCAGGAACGUGUCUUCCGAUUGGAAUUCGUCUCAAACCAAGAAUUCACUGACUCCGAGUUUAGCAAGUGGAAAGAAACGUGCGCUCUUCAGGGAAUUUCAAUGCCCACUUUCGAAGAAGUCGAAGGCAAGCUCAAGGACAUCAAGGAGGCAAUGGUCUAUGAGUUCAAAGAUGAGGAUGUCGAGAAAAUAGUACAGGAGAAAGGAAGAUUUAAACAGAAUCCUUAUAAUUAUGCUAUGAAGAAGGCGCAGCUGUUGCGUGAGAGAGAUGUAGCCAAUGGCCGUGGUGAUGACGAAACCGCGUCUCGUUUGAAUCAAGAGCUAGGCGAACUUGAAGAACGCGCCUCGGAGCUCGACAAAAUGCGCACCGCCACGAUCUCCAGUAUCUCGUAUAUCAAUGAUCGUAACAGGAAGAAGAAUGUCGAAGAAGCUGAGAAAGCCAUCAUGGAAGAGUUCAGAGCAAAUAAAGGUAAACAAGUCGAUGAUCCAUUUACCCGACGUAGUACCAAACCCCGGAUGGUUUACAAACCAGACGAGGAAGAAGUCACACCCGCACCCAAUCUCACCGACAAAUCUACUGCUCCAGUACUUGGAGAUAUUCUUAAAAAUAUUAAUGACAAAGAAAAUGGCCAAGAGCCCAAGAAGAAACAAAGCAGUGAAGAUUUAUUCAAUGCCCAUGACUUUGAUAUCACAAUAGACUUGGAAGUGCCCAUCCCAAGUAAUCCUGUCAGCGUAUUACCCAAACCCGUUAGCAAUAUUAAGGACACAGGACCCCGGCGAUCACUUAAUCUUGAAGACUACAAGAAAAAACGCGGACUCAUCUAACGUCUCACUCGCUAUAUAAAUGAAUGGAUUGUCGAGCGACAGAGGAUAAAAAUAACAAUUACUCUAGUUUAUAUUUACGAAAACAAGUUAUGUGGCGUAAUUAUUUUGUUGAUAUAUCGCCUCAGGUGGAAUAAAUAUUCAUAUAUAUUAUUUGAGGUAUAUUUAAUAGCGCGUAUUGAUAAUAACCAUAACGAAUAUUUUUUUUUACUCACUCCGUUGGAGUUGUCAAGGUGAUUUGAAUAUUUAUCAAACUAAUGUUCAUAAACUUGACUAGCUCUGGCUAUGAAAAAAUAUACGAUUGUGUCCAACAGUACUGUAAAUAGAUUAAUUAUUAUUAUUAUUACUAUUGAUAAUUAAUAUUAAUGCUAAGAUUUUGUUUUAUAUUUAAUAAUAAUAAUUAUUAUUGUUAAUUAGGUAGGCAUGAGCUCAAUCUACUAAUGUAUUUUGAAAAUACUAUUUACUAUCGACUGAAACCCUAUCGAAUUUUAUAAACUUAUCUACUUAUCGUAGAUACAUCAAAGA